GUCCAUUCAAUCGUGACGUCUCAAGUGUGUCACGAGCUGGUGUGUUGACAUGAGCGGGGAAUACGGACACAGCGUACGCUGUGUGUAGUGUUACCCGCCAUUGACACACUCGUGCUCAGGGAGGGACUUGAUGGCUUAACGCCAGCGUUGAAAGAGUCAUGCUGAACUGAAGUCUGGGUAAGUUGACGCAAGCGUGCAGUGUGUUCAUUAUGGGUAUGAUGUGUGUUCGUGAAGAGUUUGUUGUUUUCAUGAUAUGUGGUGUGUUCAUAACGAGUAUGUUGUGUCAUGAUGAUGAUGAGUAUGUUGUGUUCAUGAGUAUGUUGUGUUCAUAAUGAGUAUGUUGUGUGAUGAUGAGUAUGUUGUGUUCAUGAGUAUGUUAUGUUCAUGAUGAGUAUGUGUGUCAUGAUGAGUAUGCUGUGUUCAUAACAAGUAUGUUGUGUUCAUAACGAGUAUGCUGUGUUCAUGAUGAGAAUCUUGAGUGUGCAUACGUUUGGCGGAUAUGUGGUUGGUAUAAUUUGUAGGCAUCUAUUAAAUGUUAAUGGCACAUUUUGUAAUGUAUGACAUAAAUGUGUAUGGUGUGAUCUCUCUUUUAUUCAAAUUCGUUCUAUUUCAAUUUCAGUAUUAAUCUCUGUGUAUAUCUCACCAGUACAUCUCUAUAUUUCCAUAGUCUAUAUCUCUCAUAAUCUCUCUCACUUUCAUUUUAAGUUCCCCAUCUUUAUGUCUACAUUCCCUCCCUUUAUCUGUGUGUGGCCUAAAUUUACAGGUGAGUGGAAUGAUUCUGAUACUAAUUUAAAAAAAAAAAAUAUAAUAAUAAAAUAAAUUCAUGUUAUAAAAAGACAGCGAAGUAAAAAGUUGUUAGUAUGUAUUUUCAUCAACAAAUAAAAGAAAUAAUGUAAAACACAAUUAAACAUUUCUUUUAAAAUUAAAAAAAAAAGUACAAACUAAAGUGUGUGUGUGGGACUCGGUACUAUAAUAAGUAGAUCUAUUAUUCGUAUGUUGAUAGGGUUGAAAAUCACUGCGUUAUACCGAACAAAGAAGCUGUUGCAGUACAACCGAGUAGUAAAACAACACAAAAUUAAACCAAUGUAACAUUUCAUGGGAUGUCUUCCGCUAUCCCUCACCCCAUUCAUAAAAACCUAUCUUAUCCUUUCUAUUAUCCUUUCUAUUGUCCUAUCUAUAAUCCUAUUAAUUCAUAUCUAUUAUCCUAUCCACCCCUAUACAUUAUCCUAUCUCUGAUACAUCUGGGCACAUAUGUUUCUAUCUCUCACUAGGUUUUUGUCCAGCUAUAAAGCUAGACUUUGUGUUUAAACUUACGUUAGCUUAAUCAUUAUGCCCGGAUAUCAUUCCAAUUUCGUUGGUAGGCGUUAAAGAAUAUCAAAAUGGGACACAAUGCUUUGCGAGCGCACUUGUAGGGUGUAGAGAAAUUCUCCCGGAAGUUAUUUCUAUUUAUAACACUACGUCAGUCCAGGUGGUAGAGGCUGUUAAGUUCCACUUGCGUUGUAUCGACCUGCACAGUGUUGGCGAUGUUGUUUUCUGCACCACACUCACUGACACGCAACACGCUAAUCGCGGCACACUCACUGACACGCGCACACGCUAAACGCGGCACACUCAGUGACACGCUCACACGCUAAUCGCUGCACACUCACUGACACGCACCACGCUCACACGCUAAUCGCGGCACACUCAUUGACACGCGCACACGCUAAUCGCGGCACACUCAUUGUUUACCGAACCGAAACGGUAAAUGAACUUUUACAGAAAACCUUCCCCCCCCCCCCCGUGAUAAAAAGUAUUUGUCGAUUUGGGCCCNGUGCAGCGUCGUGACAUACACUUGGUAUGCCUCGGGGGGGGGGGGCGGCGGGGAGUGAGAGAGACAGCACGGUUUAGUUUUUAGCUAUUUACAUUUUUAUUUCUCUGUUUGCAUACGUCACAAUGUUUAAAGUUGGGGUUAUCAGAAGCAACAAUCAAGUGCUUGUUCUCAACUCUCAUUUUAUCGUCUGAGAGAAGUCGGUUUUCUUAAAAAAACAAAACAUUACGACAUAAAAAAAUAUACACAUACAUUCCACAGAAAAGGUUAUCGUUGAGCCAAAUAAGCCACAUUAGCCAAAUAAGCCACAUUAGCCAAAUAAGUAUCCAAAGUAAGCCACAUUAGCCAAAUAAGCCACAUUAGCCAAAUAAAUAUCCAAAGUAAGCCACAUUAGCCAAAUAAGCCACAUUAGCCAAAUAAGCCACAUUAGCCAAAUAAGCCACAUUAGCCAAAUAAGCCACAUUAGCCAAAUAAGCCACAUUAGCCAAAUAAGCCACAUUAGCCAAAUAAGCCACAUUAGCCAAGUAAGCCACAUUCGCGAAAUAAGCCACAUUCGCGAAAUAAGCCACAUUCGCGAAAUAAGCCACAUUAGCCAAAUAAGCCACAUUCGCGAAAAAAGCCACAUUCGCGAAAUAAGCCACAUUCGCGAAAUAAGCCACAUUCGCGAAAUAAGCCACAUUAGCCAAAUAAGCCACAUUAGCCAAAUAAGCCACAUUAGCCAAAUAAGCCACAUUAGCCAAAUAAGUAUCCAAAAUAAGCCACAUUACCCAAAAUAAGCCCCAUUAGCCAAAUAAGCCACAUUAGCCAAAUAAGUAGCCAAAAUAAGUCACAUUAGCCUAAUAAACCAAAUAAGCCACAUUAGCCAAAUAAGCCACAUUAGCCAAAUAAGUAUCCAAAAUAAGCCACAUUACCCAAAAUAAGCCCCAUUAGCCAAAUAAGCCACAUUAGCCAAAUAAGUAGCCAAAAUAAGCCACAUUAGCCAAAUAAGUCACAUUAGCCUAAUAAACCAAAUAAGCCACAUUAACCAAGUAAGCCACAUUCGCCAAAUAAGUAUCCAAAGUAAGCCACAUUACCCAAAAUAAGCCCCAUUAGCCAAAUAAGCCACAUUAGCCAAAUAAGUAGCCAAAAUAAGCCACAUUAGCCAAAUAAGUCACAUUAGCCUAAUAAACCAAAUAAGCCACAUUAGCCAAGUAAGCCACAUUCGCCAAAUAAGUAUCCAAAGUAAGCCACAUUACCCAAAAUAAGCCCCAUUAGCCAAAUAAGCCACAUUAGCCAAAUAAGUAGCCAAAAUAAGCCACAUUAGCCAAAUAAGUCACAUUAGCCUAAUAAACCAAAUAAGCCACAUUAGCCAAAUAAGCCACAUUAGCCAAAUAAGCCUCACUAGCCAAAUAAACCACAUUAGCCAAAUAAGCCACAUUAACUAAAUAAGCGACAUUAGCCAACAAGCCACAUUAGCCAAAUAAGCCACAUUAACUAAAUAAGCGACAUUAGCCAACAAGCCACAUUAGCCAAAUAGACCACAAUCAGUAAGCCACAUUAAAAAAAAAACAACAACUCAUCACCAUACCUGUGCCGAGUACAGCCGUGAAAACGUGGCCGGGAUGGGUUUGGAGCAUCGUGUUGGAAGUCAGACAGCGGCUUCAAAGGUCUGGAGAAAAUUUAACAAUGAAUUUGAAUAAUGAUUACUUUUGUCGGAUUACAAUGUUUCCUCAUAAAAACUUACGGGACUAAAAAAAAUGUAUACGUUCAAUUCUAUUAACACCAGCAUCAAAUUGUCUUCAGACCUCUUUGUUAUUACAGGCUGUCCGAUAAAGCUGUGUUGCAUGCAAGCUUCGCCAUGAAUUCUGAACAAACCAAAGGAAGCGGUUGAUCAACAUCACCACAGUGCAGGAUUGCAUUUACUGCGGGGGUUUGAGGUGCAGUUGGUCACCUCUGAGACACACAUAGUAAGAAAAGAGCUUUCUAGAAAAGCGGAAUGCACUGAUUAGAAGAUAAGGGAGUCAAGGAAUAACAUCAAAAUAUUGAAUGGGUUGAUUGACCGAAUGCUUCUAUAUCGCUCGUAUCCAUGCUGUUUUAGCAUGUCCACAGCGCUCUGAUGUCAUUAAAUCUGUUUAAAGGAAGAAUUAGGAAGAAAGACACCCAGACAGUUAAUCAAAAUCAAACAGCACCCGUGAGCUAUUUUAUUCAGCUACAAACUUCCUUGAAUAGUUCUACCCAUACAUUAAUUUAUCAUAAGUCCCAUGUCUUGAUACAUAAGCAAAUUUAUUCGAUUAUUUAUCCACUCAUCCGUUAUAGUUAUUUCAUCGUAAAAUCCAUAACUCAUCGUCUAUCCAUGACACCAUUCCUAGAAUCGCCUGAAGAGCCCGCCGAACCAAAUCGUCUACACAAAGCAACUCCGACACGUGACACGACGACGUCACAUGUUUACGGAUGAUGUCGGUCCUCAUCAUCUCUGCACUUCCGGCUAUCGGCGCGCUCAUGAUCAUCGUUGGCAUGGCAACGCCACUGUGGUCGCUGGACACCGAGAUGACCGCCGCCAACGUCACCCGACACCUCACUUUCGGAUUGUGGAAGUUGUGUAGUGAUGGCACGUGUGAGACUUUGCCGUCACACUACAGGUCGGGUGAGUAGUAGUUGUAGUAGUAGUAGUAGUAGUAGUAGUAGUAGUAGUAGUAGUAGUAGUAGUAGUAGUAGUAGUAGUGGUAGUAGUAGUAGUAGUAGUAGUAGUAGUAGUAGUAGUAGUAGUAGUAGUAGUAAUAGUUAGUGUGCACGUUGUGUACUGACACUUAACUUGCCCAUGAGGUAAAACCGAGAUGGUCACAGCAACAGGAUUGGAAGAAACAAGUUUAAACCUUUGAUAUUUUGUUGAUAUUUUGUUGAUAUUUUUUGAGUGAAGGAAUGGAAGAAGUAUUACUCUAUAAAGCCGGGUCGAUGUCUAAGUGUAUACUUGUCAUAUUUGAUUGAUGUAAUGGCGUGCUGGCGUCUAAUGCAUCCUUCCGCUUCUGGGCAUGGAAUUCGAAUGUUACGAAUAUAACAUCGUUGUUACUCUGACACCAUUGUAACACAUGUUACUGACAUGCUAUUUAGUAGGGUGUUGUGUCAGUAGCAUGGUUAACUGUUUCUAUGUUGAUGAUUCAGGAUGUCAGCUUGAGUAGAGUAAUACUUCUUCCAUUCCUUCACUCACUUAGCCAGUCACACAAAGAAGUAGAUUGAUUUCCAAUUAAACUCACAUUACUUUAUUACGUCAUCUUUUACAAUAAUAAUAAUAUUAAGAAGAAUCCUUGCAUGAAUAUUCAGUUAAUAACAUACACAAUACAAUUAUUUCACAUAUGUAUAUAUAUAUAAUAUUCCAUGGUAUAGAAAAUUCACCUCUCAGAAAAACAACCACGUCCUCACUUAACUACGACAUCCGAUGUACUGCCCCCUGAUCACUCAACAAAGCAUGUGGCUCACUUCCGCUUUUCAAACACAUAAUUUACUCUCUUUCCCCGUGAAAAUACACGUUAACAUAGUUCAAGAUUCAAACUAUGCCACCUCUCUGACUCAAUGGUUUCGUGUGCAAACAUGGUCAGUGUGCAAGUGUUUUUUUUGUUUUUUUUUGUAGUUGUUAUUUUUUUUGUCGUUUUUUUUUUUUUAAAAAAAAGUUUUGAGAUACAAAAUUAAAUGUAAGAACUGAGAUAUGACCCCAAGAGAAUUUUUUAAAAGAAAAAAAAAAUAUUAAAUGGUUUCGUGUGCAAACAUGGUCAGUGUGCAAGUGUUUUUUUUGUUUUUUUUUGUAGUUGUUAUUUUUUUUGUCGUUUUUUUUUUUUAAAAAAAAGUUUUGAGAUACAAAAUUAAAUGUAAGAACUGAGAUAUGACCCCAAGAGAAUUUUUUAAAAGAAAAAAAAAAUAUUCUGAAUCGAUUUCAACAUUUUGAAAAUAAGCAUGUUUUAUUAUUUAUUUAUUAUUUUACUUAUUUUAGUUUUAAAAUGAAGCUAUAUAUAUAUAUAUAUAUAUAUAUAGUUUAGGGGAAGGGAAAUGUAAUAGAGAGAAUAGUGCUUAAGUUGGGGGUUGAACACACAAAUUUUACUUCAUGAGGAAAAUGCCCUAACAUCCACCAGCUCACCCACCCACUCACGUUUGUAUGAUGCGUCUUCUCUACACUUAUUGGCAGUUCUUAGGAACAAAGUUUUUCCAUACCUGUGUGCAUCUUUAAAGCCUUGGUGCUCACUAAUCAGCUAUUAGCUCUGCAGCAGACCGUCCUGUAUUGCAAUUGGCAUAGCUUCUACUAUCCUGACUUUCACAAACAAAGGUAUCCUGCUUACCACUCCAUUGUUUCACCCCGCAAAAUCUAUUUACAGCAAAGUUACAAUGUUAUAUAUAUAUUUUUUUACUCAAGAUAUUAUUGAUUUUAUCUUAAUGAACUCCAUCACCUAUAUCCUGUCUUGCUACCACGGCCAGUGCCGAGCCUUCAGAAUGUGAUUUGCCCUUUUUAUUCCACCCUAGAGUACUAAUAUGAUUUUAUAAAUGUUCUUAACUUCCCUUAUCGUCAUUUCAGAGAGCGUCAUGGCCUGCCAGGCCUUUGCAGUUCUGUCGUUCCUGACCUCCUGUUCGGCUGUGGUCAUCACUCUUCUUAACAUGCACCUGUAUCUCAAACGGAGAGUUACAUCGACAAACUUACUACUGACGGCAUCAGUCUUGUGCUCAGUUGCAGGUAAGACAGCACAUCAGUAAAAUGUCAUUGGUCAACACGAAAUUUGGUGCUACAAAUGAUAGUCUUGUUUCUAAGUAAUAUUUGACUCCCAAAAGCGGCACCACCACCCCAUCUCUUCCCCCCCCCCCCUCUUGCCAUCAUAUUUCUUCAACAUAUUUCUUCUUUCCAUCAUAUUUCUUCAACAUAUUUUUUCUUUCCAUCAUAUUUCUUCAACAUAUUUCUUCUUUCCAUCAUAUUUCUUCAAUAUAUUUCUUCUUUCCAUCAUAUUUCUUCAAUAUAUUUCUUCUUUCCAUCAUAUUUCUUCAACAUAUUUCUUCUUUCCAUCAUAUUUCUUCAAUAUAUUUCUUCUCACCAUCAUUUUUGUAUCGGAUGCCUAUCUUUUCUUGCCUUAUGAACAUGUUGGCCUCCACUAUCACAGAGACAUUCAUUGUAUAGCCAUUUUUUUUGGUGUAUCGUAAUUGAUCUUGUCAAAGACUAAAGAUAUUGUAUUUAAAGACAAAGUAUGUGGCAUUGUAUUCAAAGACUAAGAUUUAUUCUAAAUUUCAAUACAAUUUUUAACUAAAAAAAAAAAUUAAAAAAAAAACUCUUUUUUUUUUUUUUUUUGAAAAUAAAAGAUAUCUAAGAAGCAGCAUUUCAAAGACGCUUUAUCAUGGAUGCUCUAUCACGUAUGUUUUAUCACAUAUGUUCUAUCACAUAUGUUCUAUCAUAUCACGUAUGUUCUCUCACGUAUGUAUCCAAUCAGCCUAAUAAGCUCUACCCGCUUUACUUUCAGCUUUGUUUAUGGCCAUAUGUCUCCUUGUAUGGGGCAUUCAAGCGAGCUCUGACCUGGCUGUCCACCAGAAGUCCUACGGCUACUCGUACAUCGUGAGUUUUGGCGGACUGUGCUUCAUGCUCAUCGCCAUGUUCUUUUUGCUCACCAUCCGACCAGAGGAGGGCUACCUGCCAAUCUCAUAGCCGGCUACCUGCCAAUCUCAUAGCCGGCUACCUGCCAAUCUCAUAGCGGUCAUGCCACAGUAACUGUUAUUGUAACAGUUGUGGAUGCAAGGAUGUUACAGUUUAUUUUUUUUUGGUAUAAUGUGGUGCUGCUAUUGUUGCAUAUAUUCUAACUUUGUUUAUUUCUGUGCUGCACUCAUCAAGAUGUCCUAUACUGUCCUAUACUGUCCUAUACUGUCCUAUACUGUCCUAUACUGUCCUAUACUGUCCUAUACUGUCCUAUACUGUCCUAUACUGUCCUAUACUGUCCUAUACUGUCCUAUACUGUCC